AGAAGAAGAAACAGCUCCAGGGAAUAUAGACUUCAAAAGUCUAAAACCCUAUAAAAGAAGAAGAAGAAGAAGAAGAAGGUGGCGAAGCAUACAGUGCCCAAGAUUUAAUUCACACAGAAUCAAUUUAUUACAAUCACUAAAUAAAAUAAAAAUACAAACUCCUGCAGACCAACCACCAGCGAAGAAGUAUUCCAUUCUGAGACACAAAAAUCUUCCAACAAAAGAACAAGAAUAAUAGCUAUAAUCUCAAAACAACGAAGACCCACAAGAGAAAAUCCAGGGAGUAUAGACUAUACUAUAGAGUCUAAAAUCCUAUAAAAAAAGAAGAAGAAGAAGAAGAAGAAGAAGAAGAAGAAGAAGAAGAAGAAGAAGAAGAAGAAGAAGAAGAAGAAGAAGAAGAAGAAGAAGAAGAAGAAGAAGAAGAAGAAGAAGAAGAAGAAGAAGAAGAAGAAGAAGAAGAAGAAGAAGAAGAAGAAGAUGGCGAAGCAGCUCAGGUUAUUACGGAAUUUCUGGGGAAGAUGUAGCUUUACGACAGAUGUGAGGGCAUGUCACUCAUUCCCCGUCAGAAGGACAGCGACGGGGAAGGGAACAGCAGCCCCCGAAAGGACGUAUUCAAGAACAAGUGUUAUUAUGAAGGAAUUCAAUUCAAAAGGGAGAAGAGGAGUGAAUACAAAUUUUGAACCGUCUUUGAAUAAUGAAGCGUCAAAAAGUCACAGUGAUGCUGUAAAAGAAAUGACUCCACCAAUACAGAACACUUUGGCAACGCUGACGAUGAAGCUGGAACGUCUGGGUUGUAUAAAUGCAAAGGAUAUUUUGAGAGCUGUAAAAGUCUUUGAGGGCUGUGCUGAAAAUAUUACUAGCAAAGAUUAUCAAAAGCUUUUACAAAUGACAAUCAGGAUGGUAGAAGAAGAGUAUCGGCCGGGCGCUAGCCAUGUGCAACGAGUAUGGAAGCUGACAGAUGGCAGAGAUGACCUUAUCAAUGAGGAACAUGUUGAGCUGUACUUGAGGAUGUGUUACCUUGCUGAAUUUCCCGCUGACCCGUGGGACGUCCUCAGUCAACUAAAAAGGCUGAAGUUGGAGCCAAACCGUGAAGUCCUGGAGCUCUUCAUGCUGCUGUUUGGCUGGCGGGGAGACCUAGGGGGUGCAACCAGCACCCUGGCUAUUAUGAAGGAGCGAGACAUUCCCAUCACCGAGACCACAUUUUCCUCUCUCAUUGUGGCUCACGGAGUCAAUAAGGAUCCACAGGGUAUUCAGUCUGUCUUGGACACAAUGAGGAGUGUGCAGAUGUCACCCACCAGGAUCACAUAUGAAGCACUCAUGACAGCCUUUGCCGUUUCUGGCUUGAUCCCGGAGGUGAAGCGCGUGGCGAGACAGAUAAAACAGGAAAAAAUCAGCCUGUCUCAGAGCCAGCUAUCAUCUGUACUUCUUAGCCUUAUCAAGAGUGGCCAAGCUGGGACGGAUUUUGAAAAUGUGGAUUAUAUUGUAGGAAUGAUGGAGGAAGCUGCCGGCAAGAUGGAUCUGUCAAGACUUAUGCUGCAGUGCAUCCAUUCUGGUUAUGUGAGGGAAGCUGUUCAUCUCUUGCCGAAGCAGCCUCUGAUACGGCAGAACAACCACUUGUAUACUAAUGCAAUGGUUUAUCUGCGGGAAAUGGUUCAUGCCAAAGUUGAACCAGACUUACUGGUGGAAAUGUGUAAUGAUGUUCGUCAGCAAGAAAUCAACCAGUACUCCUUAGAAGUCGCCCUGGAAUGCGCUCUGGCGGAACACCGAGAGGAACUGGCCUGGGCGCUGAUCCGAGCUCUUAAGGCAGCAGGGAAUCCCGUGAGACAGCAUUACUUCUGGCCUCUCCUUCAUUACAGUGCUCUUACUAACAAUUCUUCAAAGUUGCUCGGGUGUGUUAAGGAAAUGGUGAAGUUGGACAUAACACCAGACUUGGAAACUCUCCGUGAUCAUGUGAUACCAGGCCUCAUCAUUAAUCACCCUCUGUUAACGCUAGAAAUGCUUCAGGGUGCUGGCUUAACCAUCUCUCAGGCGGCCACACCUAUACUUGUUGUCCUCAUUCAGAAUAAGAUGCUGGACCAGUGUUUUGAGUUUGUGAGAGAAAUGAAGCCAUUAUCUCUGCGAGAAAUCAUUUCCCCGCUGGCGUCAGUUUGGGCAGCCAGUCCUCAAAGGGUUAUAUCUCUUUUGGGCAUCCUUAUGGAAAUGAAUAGAUCUACUCUUAAUGAGGGAGAGCUGGAGCCAGAUUGGGGAGGGCAGUUCGUCCUAGACUUGUUGAAUUCAAGAGCUGGACUUAGUGUCCAUCAGAUUCGUCCUCUAUUUGAGGAAUUACACAAGCGCAACGUCAGGGUCUCCGAGAGCGCAGUGGAUAUCCUGAUGACCAGGGCCAGCAAGGUGAUCCAGCAAGCCAUUCGAGACAACCUCAGACUCGUCUUCGAUCCCUCCGUCGGGCAGCCGCCGAAGGAAGAGGAGUACAAUCUCCUUCCACAUCCUAACAAAAUGAAUGUAGAGGAACUGGAGUGUCAUCUUGUGGAACUGCGUGCCAAAGGCCUGAAUACAAGGGGAACUUUGCGAAGACUGCUCAUCAUGCAUGCAUCGAGCAACAAUACUCAACGUGUUCUUGCACUUAUUAAGGAAGCAGAAGUAGGUGAAGUCAGUCUCAGUGGUGGUAUGAUGUCAAGUAUCAUGACUACCUUGACUGAGAGCAGCAGUGCAGACAGUGCUUUGGCUGUGUAUAAUGAACUGCAAACGAAGUACCCCUCAUUUAAUGUGGACUCUUAUAAGGUUAUUGAUCUGUGCACACUCUUGGUGAAAAAGAAGAGAACUGAAGAUGCAGUUAAUAUCCUGAAAAGAUAUUUAGAAGAGUAUUCCAAACCGCAUGCUAAAAAAGCUAUUAAAAGAAAUUGCUGGAAUCUUUUGAUGGCAGCAGCAGAAAAUCAGGAUCAUACAAAUACAAAAAAAAUAUUUGACCUCCUUCAGACAAAUCAUGUAAUUAAUGUAGAUGCAGGUCAUAGCAGGACCAUUGAUAAAGCAAGACUUCGUAGUGGUGAUCUAGCAGGGGCAGUGAAAGAGGCUGAAUAUCUGUGGAAAGAGUACAAGUGUUUACCAAUGAGGAUUGAAAUUCUCGUCCAGCUGACUCUUCAAUCAAAGCAAGGUGGUACGAGAUCAAAGGAGAAUGACAAUCUUAUGCAGUCCAUGUUGGAUAUAAUUGUCACGUCAAAGGGCUCUCUUCAAGCUCACCACGACUUGCUGUUUGCUUGCCUGGAAGCGGGACAACCAUCAGAUGCUAAGAAAGUGCUACAGAACAUGGGCAGAAAUGUGAACAUGCAGUUGGUGGAGCGCCAGUGCGACCGAUAUGCCAAGACUGAAAAGGAUGAACCGCUUCUGCACUUCCUCACUGCCUGUCGAGGAACUAAUACCGUCGACCAGUACAAAAUCUACAAAGCUCUCCUCAAUCUGUACUAUAAACAGAGCGCAGGUGAAAAGGGCCUCUUCCUCUGGACCAUGAUGCAAGAAGAUGAAGUGACACCCACCCCCCCUUUCCUCUCUACUCUGGCCUCGCUUCUGGCUGCCAGUAAUAUCAAGAUUCCUUUCACCGUUCAAUAAGGAUUUUUACUUUGCGCGUUAUCAUUAUGAUUUUUAUUAUUGUUAUUGGUAUUAUUAUUAUGAAUAUUAUUAUUGUUAUUAUUUAUAUCUUUAUUAUUCUUAUUCUUAUUGUUAUUGUUGUUGUUUUUGUUGUUGUUGCUGUCAUUAUUAUUAUUAUUUAUUAAUGUUAUUAUUAUUUUUUUUUUAUUAAUAUUAUUAUUUUUAUUAUUAUUAUUAUUAUUACUUUUAUUGUUAUUAAUUUUUUAUUAUUAUCAUUAUUUCAUGUAUUAUAAUAAUAUUUUCAUGUUUCAUAGCAUGACUUUUUUUACUUAUAUAAAUUUUCAUUGUUUAUUGAGUUUUAUGCACAAUAUAAUGAGAGAGGUCUCUUCAGUGACUGUUUAUGUAAAUAUAUGCAAUAGAUGUUUAUAAUGAAAGUUGUUGUUAAUAAAUUUGUGUCUGUACAUUGUAUAUACAGAUGUUUUCUAAAA